AGGAAGGAGAGAGAAGAGGACAGUGAAACUGGGAAUGAGAGGGAGGGAGUCAACAUGAAGAGCAGAAAUCAAGUCUCACACUUAUCUGUUUGAAAAGAAAAGCAUUUGAUCUUUGAUAAGGAGAAGAAACACACAGAUGAAUGGAAACCUUAUGGAGAUGAAGGGAAGGAGGAAGUGAAACGGAAUACAGACCUGCUAGAGAGGCAGUAUAUGUUCACAUUUUCAUGUUGAAAUUGUGUAUAGACAGUAUGUAAUAGCAUAAGGACGAUAUGUUUUAUGCAGACGCUGUAUAUGGACAGUAUAUGGUUAUGAUGAAAUAACACACGGACAGUAUGUUUUUUUUUCUCUGUGAUUGUUUAUCAACGUUUCACAUUUCACCUAGCUGCCCGAAAUUAGGAGGCAAAUUCGACUGGACUGCAGCCAAGUUCAGCAAACCUCCACACACUUGCUCGUGUACGUACACACCAGGGUCUCUCUCCAGCUUUAAGACCAUGGCAAUGUGGCUUCACUGACUGUCAGAGCACAAUGGAUUUUCUUUCUGUGCAAGUGGCUUCCUGGUCCACUGACUGGUGCAUGUGAGUUCCCCCCUUUUGAAACAUUGGGCCCUUGUGCGUGGUCUGAUGGAUAUGCUCCUUAUUGGGGCAGAAUGGACACAGUACUGUGGCAUUCUGGGUAAUAAAGACACUGGGCAGCCAGACUGAUUCACUGUGGUUUGGCAGCAAAACAUUUUAUCACAAUUUAUCUACUUCAUCAGCUCAUACAGGUAAUCUUGGACUGUGUUGUACUGUAUUUAUUUAUUUAAAUAUUUAUCUCUGCAAGGGUCCAGAGGUAAGCGGUGGCUCUUUUUCUCGUGUAACUCUCCCUGAAAUGCAUUUUUAAUGCCAGAGGGACCUGGAACAGACAGACAGACAACACGUUCACAUGCAAACACUAAAGCCAUGCAGCACGAUCCACAGGUCCACAUCGAAAAGGGUGUUGCCAAAAUGGAGAUGAGCCCAAUACAGCCCGAUCAAGGAGCACCCCUCACAGAGAGGAGACCUACGGGGGGUGAGAGGGACAGCCCCAGAGACACACACAGCACUGCCCCUCUUAAUUCCAGCUCUGAAAUGCUGACCAGGAGCAACACGGCUAAAAGCUUCGCCAACACCGGGUCCAGCACUAAAAUAAUUACUGACACAGAUUCCGAUAUCAGCACCAAAAUAAUUACUGACACUGAUAUUUAUGCCGAAACAAUUACCAACACUGAUUCCGAUACCAGCACCAAAAUAAUUACUGACAUUGAUAUUAAUACCGAAACAGUUACUGACACUGAUUCUGAUACCAGCAUCCAAAUAAUCACUGACACCAAUUCUAGUAUCAACACCAAUUUAAAAACUGACACUGACACUGAUAUCAGCACCAAAAUAAUUAUUGACACCGAUUCUGAUACCAGCACCAAAAUAAUUACUGACACCGAUUCUGAUGCCAGCACCAAAAUAAUUACCGACACUGAUGGAGAUACCAGCACCAAAAUAAUUACCGACACUGAUGGAGAUACCAGGAGUAAAAUAAUUACUGACACUGCUGGAGAUACCAGCACUAAAAUGGUUACCAUUAAUAAUGAAAGCAGUCCAGGCGGGCAGAUGGUGUCUGGCAAUGACUGCACACUCAGCCUGGGCGGGCACGCUGACAGCCACGCAGCCACGGCGUCGAACAGUGCCGAGGAGAUCCACAGCCCUCGCACCUGCCCAGCAGGGUGUGGCACAGCGCGCUGUGGGCGGGGCCUGCAGAGCUGUUUCCAAUCAGUGAGCAGAGGGUGUCUGCGCUGCGUGGAGGAGACGCCCUUCAUGGUGUCCGGCCUGCUGCUCACCGUGGGCUUCUGCGUGGCCAUCAUUGUCAUCCUCGUCAGCACCGGACGGAGUGUCAGUGUGCAUGUUGCUGCUCUGGCGGUGGUUUGUGUGGUUCUCUGCGUGAUCGCCGCCCUGCUGGUGGCCCUGCCCUGGCUGGCAGUGGUGCGACGCUGUGAGGGAGCGCUGGCACUCUUCCUCUGGGGGGCGCUCUACAUCACUGCCAUCGUCUUCACCUUCACAGGUGGCCUCGUCACCGCCUGGGAGCAGGUGGCCUUCUUCCUCUUCCUCUCGCUCUCGGUGUACACCGUGCUCCCUCUCUCCCUCUCCUGGGCUCUGAUGUUUGGGAUUGGUACCUGUGUGUCCCACGUCAUCAUCAUCAGCGUCUACGUCCCCGUCACCAGCCCCCACAGCCCAGACCUGGCCGUGCAGCUGGUGGCGAAUGCGGUGUUGUUUGUGUGUGUGAACUGUGUGGGGGGGUUCCACAGACGGCUGACAGAACGCGCCCAUAGGAAGUCCAAGCAGAAUGCAGAGGAUUUCAGGAAAAUGCACACCAAACGAGGCAUUCAGAAACGGAAGCAGGAGCACCUUCUGCUGUCAGUGCUGCCCCGGUACAUCGCUGUGGAGCUGAAGACCGAGGUGAUCAAGCGUCUGUCCGAGAAACAGCCGAGGAAAGAGACACACAACUUCCACAGCCUCUACAUCCGCCAGCACAAGGACGUCAGCAUCCUGUAUGCAGACAUUGUGGGAUUCACCAGGCUGGCCAGCACAUGCACUCCCGAGGAGCUGGUCGCUGUGCUGAACAAACUGUUUGGGAGGUUUGACGACAUCGCCAAGAAGAACGAGUGUCUGCGCAUUAAAAUCCUGGGAGAUUGUUAUUACUGUGUGUCAGGCCUGCCUGAUCCCAUCCCUGGCCACGCCCGAAACUGCGUGCAGAUGGGUCUGGACAUGUGCACAGCCAUCAAUAAGCUGCGAGAGGCGACGGGUGUGGAAAUCAGCAUGCGAGUGGGCGUGCACACGGGCAACGUGCUCUGCGGUGUGAUUGGCCUGCAAAAGUGGCAGUAUGAUGUCUGGUCACAUGACGUCACCUUAGCCAAUCACAUGGAGUCUGGAGGUCUGCCGGGACGGGUCCACAUUACUGAGGACACGCUGCGCCACCUGGGGGGGGCGUAUGAGGUGGAGCGGGGGGACGGGGCAAGCCGAGACUCCUAUCUGCAGGGCAGGAACACAUACCUCGUCAUAGACCCCCAGAGUAAAGGCAGCACCCCAACAAAAUCAGAGUCUCAGUCGCUGAGUGUCAGUGGGCGGAGACUCAGAGCGUCAGUCAGGAUGUCUCAGUACCUGCAGUCCUGGCAGACCAUCAGCCCUUUCUCUGACCUCAGCCACUCCCCCCACCCUGAGGCCACGCCCGGGGCCUCACCUGCUGUCCCACCAAGCUCCGCCCCGUCAGCGCACCAGUCUACAAAACGCCGAACCCUUCAGACAGAGCAGAGAGAUUGUCACAGGAGGUCCUCCCAGGUGAUUGAUGGAGGUGUAUUGGAGACGUUUGAUUCUCUGGACACUGCUGAGGAUAUGAAGCGAUCACAGAGGCUGGACUGCUUAACCCUCUUCUUCAACGACUUCAGCCUGGAGAAGCAGUAUCGUCUCUCAGAGGUGAAGCAGUUGCACCUCUCGGUCGCCUGUCUAGCCCUGAUAUUCAUUGCUGUGUUCACCGUCCACAUGCUGGUCUCAGAGAAGAACGCGGCGCUGGGGAUCUCCUACGGCGUCGCCUUCCCCCUGCUGGCGUUGCUGCUGCUCACCGUUUUCACCGGACACCUGAAGCGCUGGAGAUCCAAGAUGCCCCAAAGUGUGCAGUGGGUGCCGUCGGUGUCGAAGGGCGUGUCCAGCAGGGCGGCGCUGCGGCUCUUCCUGGUCUUCCUCUGUGUGCUCAUCACUCUCCUAAUGGCCAUCCUCAACUUCUUCUUCCUCCCUGAGCCCAGCUGCUCCUCCACCGCUGCCAACGCAACACUGCUGCAGACCUUCAGCCUCUACACCGUGCCUUAUUACCUGUAUACCUGUCUGAUAGCCAUGCUGGGUGUGGUGGUGUUUGUGACGGUGUGUUUGGAGGUGAAGCUGUUCCUUGCCACGCUGGCAGUGGUGGUGUACCUGGCUCUCUUCCUCCACGUAUACGCUCCCCGCUCCGACUGCUACAUGCUCCAGCUCUACAGCAAUGACAGCCAACCAGGCGUACUGAAGGAACCGAAGGUCAUGGCUGGAGUCUGGCUCUUCAUCUUCUAUUUCACUGUCCUCAUACUCAUCCGGAAGGACGAGCUGGCGUGUCGGGUGGAGUUCCUGCAGCAGCAGCGCUUCCAGGCAGGGAAGGAGGACAUGGAGACGAUGGAGAACGUCAACAAGCUGCUGCUACAGAACGUGCUGCCGGCCCACGUAGCCUCAGUGUUCAUCAACAACACCCUGCGCAACCAGGACCUGUACAGCCAGUCGUGUGAGUGUGUGUGUGUGAUGUUCGCCUCAGUGCCGCAGUUUAAGGAAUUCUACAGCGAAAGCAGCGAGAAUCGGGACGGUCUGGAGUGCCUUCGCUUUCUCAACGAGAUCAUUGCCGAUUUCGAUGAGCUGCUGUCCAAGCCCAAGUUCAGCAGCGUGGAGAAGAUCAAGACCAUCGGCAGCACCUACAUGGCGGCCGCCGGCCUGACCGACCCCGCAGCCACGGAGGAGAGGAAGGAAACCUGUACAUCCUACAGUCAUGUACGCAGCAUGGUGGAAUUUGCCAUGGCUCUGAUGAGCAAGCUGGAGCUGAUAAACACACACUCUUUCAACAACUUCAAACUGAGGAUCGGAAUAAACCAUGGGCCAGUGAUCGCGGGGGUGAUCGGGGCCCACAAACCGCAGUAUGACAUCUGGGGGAACUCUGUCAAUGUGGCCAGCAGGAUGGACAGCACCGGAGUCCUGGACAAGAUUCAGGUGACGGAGGAGACAGCUCAGCUGGUCCAGUCUCUGGGUUACAGCGUCACACUGAGGGGUGCCAUCACCGUCAAGGGGAAAGGCGAGCUCACCACCUACUUCAUCAACACCGACCACUGAACGCUCCCACUGACCAUUACCACUGACCACUCCCACUGACUGCUCCCACCGACCACUACCACUGACCACUCCCACUGACCAUUAUCACAGACCGUUCCCACUGACCACUCCCAUUGACUGCUCCCACCGACCACUACCACUGACCACUCCCACUGACCAAUACCACUGACCGCUCCCACUGACCGUUCCCACUGACCAUUACCACUGACCAUUACCACUGACCGUUCCCACUGACCACUCCCACUGACCAUUACCACUGACCGUUCCCACUGACAGCUACCAAACACCUACUGCAUGACUGUUGCUGAUCACUUACAUCAUGAGUACUGAAAUUUAAUGAUUAUAACAUUAAUAAAAAAGUGAUCACAGGUCAACAGUCAUCAGGAGCUCUCAAGCUGUCAAUACACUGCACUGACUACAUUAUCUGAGACUGCCCCAACCUACAGCAGAGAUUCUGAGCUGAAGAGUGUCAGUGCUCCCCAACACUGCCAGCCACAGUCUCCGCAGAUCAGCUGGACAUUUCCAAUGUAACCCUGAGUGCAGUGAGACCAGAGAGACUACAGGCUGUGCUCUACAGAGCAGCAGGCAGGGCAGAGUAAGCUCUAAACGAGAGAGACACCAGGCAGGGUGAGAUCUAAACGAGAGAGACACCAGGCAGGGUGAGAUCUAAACGAGAGAGACACCAGGCAGGGUCAGAUCUAAACGAGAGAGACACCAGGCAGGGUCAGCUCUAAAUGAGAGACACCAGACAGGGUGAGAUCUAAACAAGAGAGACACCAGGCAGGGUGGGAUCUAAAUGAGAGAGACACCAGGCAGGGUGAGAUCUAAACGAGAGAGACACCAAGCAGAGUGAGAUCUAAACGAGAGAGACACCAGACAGGGUCAGAUCUAAACGAGAGAGACACCAGGCAGGGUCAGAUCUAAACAAGAGAGACACCAGGCAGGGUGAGAUCUAAACGAGAGAGACACCAGACAGGGUCAGAUCUAAACGAGAGAGACACCAGGCAGGGUCAGCUCUAAAUGAGAGAGACACCAGACAGGGUGAGAUCUAAACAAGAGAGACACCAGGCAGGGUGAGAUCUAAACGAGAGAGACACCAGACAGGGUCAGAUCUAAACGAGAGAGACACCAGGCAGGGUCAGCUCUAAAUGAGAGAGACACCAGACAGGGUGAGAUCUAAACAAGAGAGACACCAGGCAGGGUGAGAUCUAAAUGAGAGAGACACCAGGCAGGGUGAGAUCUAAAUGAGAGAGACACCAGGCAGAGUGAGAUCUAAACGAGAGAGACACCAGACAGGGUCAGCUCUAAAGGAGAGAGACACCAGACAGGGUGAGAUCUAAACGAGAGAGACACCAGACAGGGUGAGAUCUAAACGAGAGAGACACCAGGCAGGGUGAGAUCUAAAUGAGAGAGACACCAGGCAGGGUGAGAUCUAAACGAGAGAGACACCAGGCAGAGUGAGAUCUAAACGAGAGAGACACCGGGCAGGGUGAGAUCUAAACGAGAGAGACUCCAGGCAGGACAGUGUGAGAUCCACACAAGAGACACUCAUUGAAAUAUGAAGAAAAAGAGGAAGAGGCAGACUUACUCUGGCAAAAUUUCUGACCUGUUGCAAAGGUGUAAGCAGCCCUGCCUUACCUGGGGAACUGCACAGGUAUGCCACACUGCCUACCUGUGACUCCUCUGACCUCAUUUAAAA